AAACCCCUGGACCCAUCUCGAGAAGAAAUCAGACUCAUCGGAUUCGCACCCUCUGAUCCCAGAGACAAAUCGGCUGUCAUCAGCUGCACGCUACACACGAAAUCACUUUUUGACAAAGCGUAUUUCGUCGCCGUGUCGUACGUCUGGGGUAACCCGGAACCCACGACCGAAAUUCUCGUCAACGGGGCACCAUUCCAGACUACAGUUGAUUUCGCCGCCGCCUUGGGUCAGGCAGUUGUAUGGACGCCGGUGACGGCCGAGGGACGCCUAUCGUUGCGGUUCUUGGCAGACGCCAUCUGCAUCAGCCAGCAGGAUACUCAGGAGAAGAACCACCAAAUCCCGCUGAUGAGGGACAUCUAG